CUCACCGCGAAUACCCUACAUGCUAAUUUCAACUUGGUUCUACGAGAUAACUGCUGCCGAGAGUGUUGGUUCUGGAACUAUUAUUGAUGCGGAUGGCACUAUUUUAACAUGUGCCCAUGUUGUGGCUGAUUUUCGGGGCAUGCACCCUUCUUCUAAGGCGAAGGUUGGUGUGGCUUUACACGGGGGUAGAACAUUUGAGGGUACAGUAGUGAAUGCUGAUUUGCAUUCCGAUAUUGCUAUUGUGAAGAUUAAAUCUAAAACUCCACUCCCAGCUGCAAAACUUGGUUCUUCAAGCAAGCUCCACCCUGGGGACUGCGUAUUAUCCUUUGGGCUGCCCACUUUCCCUUCAAAAUACUGUCACAGCUGUUGUGUUGAUCGCAAAAGCAGCGACUUGGGCCUUGGAGGGAUGCACAGGGAGUAUCUACAAACAGAUUGUGCAAUCAAUCCUUAACUCUUUCACUCUCUAUCAGCAAACAUCAAUUUUUAACACCCUGCAUAUCAUUGUAACCGUGUGAAUCCUUUGCGUUUUGUGGUUAUGAUUUUAGGCAUUGAUUGACAGUGCUAAAAUGCUUGUCAUACAACCUUUUUCCCUUGUUAGUACAAUAUGCCCCUGUAAGGAUUAAAGAGGGUCUUAUGUAAAGGAGUUUGUUAACCAAACUGGUGUAAACCAGCAUCCAAAACCUUAAUUCUAGAGUUAAGUUCAAGGGUUCAAGUCACUACAAUAGCUAACCAGUAACAUUUUUGCCAGUAAAAAAUUAUAAACUAGAAGAAGAUGUGCUGGUAUUAUUGCAUCUUUCUUAUGGAUUUUUAUAUGUGUUUGGGCAUAUUACCAAAUUUCUCACAUGAAAGGUUUACCUAGACAAAACUAGUUGGUUCUAGUAAUACUGAAGUUAGAAGCUAAUGGUGGACUACCAUUAAUGGAUAUUCUUUUCUUUUUGCUCUCUUGGUGUAGGUAAAUUGUGGUGGUCCUCUUGUUAAUGUUGAUGGAGAAAUUGUUGGUAUCAAUAUAAUGAAAGUCAUAAUUGCAG